UUUUCUAACCUCAAACCUAUAGGUUUACUAAAAAUAAGUUUGUUUACAUUUUAUAAUAAUUUUUUUAAAAAAAUUGACUACAAUGUCUGAUGCUUGGGAGCAAAUCCAGGCGAUUAAAAACAAGAGGCUGAGUUUACGUGAAAAAUUGGAAAAACGAAAAAAGGAGCGACAGGAUAUUCUGGGGUCAAAUUUGGGUGCUAGUUCAUCUUCUCCCAUACAAAGUUCUAUAGAUACAGGUAGCCAAAUUGCAGUAAAAGAAGAGUGCAAACAGGAUGAAUUAAAUGAUGAGGAUCUUAUAAGAGUAGACCCUGAGCUAGAAAGAGGCCUCUUGAAGAAAUUGAAUGAAGUCACUUUACAAAUACCGAUUUCAUCAGAUGUUUUACUUGGGAUGUUGCUCCAAGAUGACUCAAAUAUUUCACAUAAAUCAAUUUGCAAUUUACUGCAAAAGUUUACAACACAAAAGUUGAUUAGUGUUAAAGAGACAGUUAAAGAUGGUAAGAAUAUUUUAGAUGUUAUAUUUGUAGAACAUACAAAGCUUAAUGCGAUGGUGGAAGAUAAUGAGUUGUUAGAAGUAAAGGAUGAAACAUUAAAGAGGAAACGAGAUGAAAGUCCUGAAAAGAAGGUUGUAGAGGAAGAGGAUAAACGUAAAAAAGAUAAGAAGGAUCCAAAAGCAACAGAUAUAUUGUCACUUUUAUCUAUGCCUUCCACAAAAGAAAAGGAGAGCAAAAAAUUGGGAGAGGAAAUAUUGGAUCUUUUAAGUAAACCAACAGCAAAAGAGCGGUCUUUAGCAGAGAGAUUCAGAUCGCAGGGUGGAGCACAAGUCAUGGAAUUUUGUCCACAUGGAACGAAGGCUGAGUGCCAAAGGAACGCCGGAACAGCGCACUGCAAAAAGUUACAUUUCAAGAAGAUAAUACAAAAGCAUACGGACGAGGCGCUGGGCGAUUGUUCAUUCUUAAAUACGUGCUUCCAUAUGGAUACUUGUAAAUAUGUCCAUUACGAGGUUGAUAGGUCAGGACAGGCGAAGGAUACGGUACAAAUGUCACAGAACAGACCAGUGCCUUGUUUAGAUAGUACCACGCUAUAUCCACCUCAGUGGGUGCAGUGUGACUUAAGAUAUUUGGAUAUGACAGCAUUAGGAAAGUUUGCUGUGAUAAUGGCAGAUCCUCCUUGGGAUAUACAUAUGGAACUUCCAUACGGUACAAUGUCGGACGAUGAAAUGAGGCAACUGGGCAUCCCGCAACUCCAAGACGAAGGUCUGAUCUUCCUCUGGGUCACCGGUAGGGCUAUGGAACUUGGGAGGGAGUGCCUAAAACUGUGGGGCUACGAGAGAGUAGAUGAAAUUAUUUGGGUGAAAACGAACCAGCUGCAGCGAAUCAUUCGAACAGGAAGAACGGGACACUGGUUAAAUCAUGGCAAGGAGCACUGUUUGGUUGGCAUGAAGGGCAACCCGCAGAACUUGAACAGAGGCUUAGAUUCGGAUGUGAUAGUGGCUGAGGUGCGGGCAACAAGUCACAAACCAGAUGAGAUCUACGGAAUGAUCGAGCGUCUCUCUCCUGGCACUCGGAAAAUUGAACUCUUUGGGAGGCCCCAUAAUAUCCAGCCUAACUGGAUAACACUCGGCAACCAGGUCGAUGGUAUUCGAUUGGUCGAUCCAGAAUUGAUUGAGAGCUUUAAGAAGAGGUACCCGGAUGGCAACUGCAUGGCUCCUCCACCGGACACUUCACAUUAAGUUAAGCAGUAGUUAUAAAAUGUGUACCAUCCUAUCUAUAAUCGUUUUUUCGUUAUUGAUUUUCGAUUUUGCAAAUUAUAAAAAAAAAUGCAUGUUUUAAGUUUUCUUAUUCAAGUUAUGACAUGAGCUUUAUAGCUCGAAAAUAAAUGAUGUUGAACCUA